CUGGAAGAACAGGUCAGGGCAGUAAGCUACGAGUCCGACUAACAAUUCGCGCUCUGAGAAUACAGAUUUUGCCCACCCUUUUCAGAGCGGGAGCGUGAGGCUAUCGCCGGCGAUUUCCCCGCCGCCGCAGAAUCAUCGACGCCGUGAAUCAGAAUGAUGAAAAGUGCGGACAAGAAAAGGAAGAAGGAGAGUAAGAAGUGCGAGUUUGAAUUCUGCAAAGUAUGCAAUCUCAAUCACGACCACGGCAACCGCCACAAGUACUUCCCCAACCACACCAAAUCGCUCUCCACUUUCCUCCAUCGGUUCCAGACCAAGCUCUCCGACAUUCGCUUCUUCCUCAGAAACCCUACCAUUCUCCGUCCCGAGCUCGCCUCUCGCAAUCGCUUCUGGUGCGUCGUCUGCGAUGCUGAAGUCGACGAGAUCGGUAGCUCAUUCGCCUGCGCUAAUGCAAUUAAUCACCUUGCAAGUGCGGAUCAUGCCAAAAAAUUGAAGCAUUUUCUAUGGAAAUAUGGUGGUGGGAUGGAUCACGCCGACAACUUUCGGUUCUCAGAAGCUGAUUUAGCCAAGUGGGAGAAGAAGUGCCAUUCACUGAACGACGGAUCUUCAUCAUGUAGUGAUCGAACUAAUGGGCUGCAAAUCGGACCUUCAAAUGAUAUCCAGAAUGAGCUCAGCUAUAAGAGCAUUAAUGACUUUGAAAACAAUAAUUUGGGUCCUCUUACUCCAAAAUUUCUAAAUAAUGUUUUGCCUUUACAAUACAAUACGCAUAAGUAUCAGAUAUCACAGUCAGGACACCCAGCAACAGCCGCUGAUGGUAGAAUUGUUUGUGGUGCUCACAUCACUGCAUCUGGAAAUGCUUGUUCAGCUUCAGACAGGUGGAAUUCAAACAACAUAACAGGUUGGCAAAACAGUCAGCAUUGCAUCCCUCACACAGAUGCGGUUGGCACAAGUAAUUUUGGGAAUGGAGGAGUAAGUGUACUUCUUACUCCAUUUGACCUUUCAUUCAGGUCUUGGAUGCGUUAGACCUUUUGAUGGUUCUUUCAGUUGCAAGAUUUUUAUAUUAUUUCAUUUUCAAGUACAUGUCUCUGAAACUGUUUGAGUAUUUGCAGAGAUUUGUCAUUCUUGUCCAUGAUCCAGUAUCUUUAUCCUUUUGUCAACAUGAUUCUGUAUCUUGUGUUAUAGUUCCAGUUCUACCAUGUUGCCUGCAACUAUAGGAGCAUUCCGCCCAAGUUAGAAUUUGUAGUUGUCGUGUCGGUAUCACUCCUGUUGUGAAUAUACGAUUGAAUCGAAACCUCUUACUACUUGUCAUGUUGUCACAAGCACACUUUAUUGUGAUUCUAUUGAAAUUUUUGUUAAAUCUUUUUUAGGGGUCGUUUGGAUUUGGGCCCGUAUCCCUCCUGAAUUCCUCAAACCAAAUUUCCUAAUCCAAACGGCCCCUUAAUUUAUUUAUAGUUUGAAUUUUUUAAAUAAUAAUUACAAUAUGAUGUGGAUAAACUUAUACUUGUUUGGAAAGCUGUAUCAGGGUAAACACAUGGCCAUUGGAGGGAGCAAUUUACACGGUUUGGCUAGUAUUGCUCAAGUCUCUGUCAUGGCUCCUGGGCUGGCAGAAGGAAAUGUGCACACAGGAGCACCUCCUCCUUGGCUUGAGAUGACAGUGGAACAUCAUCCUGAGGAUACCUCUGUUCCUCUGUCUAGUAAGAAAGGGAAAUCCAAAUUGAAUCCAAAACGGGUGGGUGCAGCUUGGGCAGAAAAGAGAAAAGCCGAACUUGAGAUGGAGAAGAGAGGAGAGAUUGUCAACAGUGAUUGUGGCCCCAACUGGUUACCAAAUUUUGGUAGAGUUUGGCAGUCUGGAAGUCGCAAGGAAUCUCUCAAAGAAUUUGAAAGUGAAAAACCGGAGCUUCCCAAAGUUGAAGUUGAUCCUGAAAUGCCGAUUACACUACGACCUUACGUCAGUAAGCGAAUGCGAGAAGAUACAAAUGAGUGAUGGAAAAUGUAGUUUGCGGUGUAUGAUUGAUGAGGAGUGUAACUGAUAGUUGACGUUAUUCUUUCUGUGGAGGUGAAUUGUGUCCGGUUGUCAAUGGAGAAGACAGUCAUGGGCCCGGAUGGAAUGUGGCAACCAAAUGGAAUGGAGAAGGAAUGUAUAUCGGGCAUGCCAAAGAUUGAAGGUGAAAUGUGGCUGUUAGGAAUUUAACUCAGGAAACAGAAGUUCAAUUUUGUUGUUGUAAGUAGUAAACAGCCUUGCCUUUCCACUUGCUCUCUACUGCAUCUUCCUGUGCAACACUCAACUCUACCUCCUACAGCAAGAUCACAAGGUCACUUCUCUGUGAAACCAGACACCGUUUCGUCUUUGAACACUAGUUUGGAACUGUUAUUUUAAUGAGAAAAUUUGGAUUGUGGCACUAUUCUGUACAUGCA